AUGACUUCAGGCUGGCUCGUUCUGAUUCUCUUCUGCCUCGGGCAGGUGACUCGUGCCCAACCAUCUAAUUUAGGCAUUCACCAAGUAGACGGAGUAGACCUGGAGAAGAAAUUGCUGAGGUUGCUUCUGAGAGUGCGCGUGGAGGAGAGCUUUGACACUCUGGCCAUCUACGGAGAGGAAUGCGUACUCCAUUCAAUGCUGAGGCACUCGCUGGCACCCACUGUGCUGGUGUCCGCGGGCAGCACGGAGUUUGAUUGGAAUUUCAGUAGCUCGACACUGAUCCUCAGCUGCGGUUCCAAUGCUGAGAGGGAGGUGAACUAUCGAACUUUGAUGAAGCUGCAGACGGCCAGACGUCUGAUUUAUCUGGAGGAGGACAGCAAGCCAGAGACAGUCUGUGGCCACUAUUCGGCCAGGGAGCAGCAUAACAUAGCAAUGAUGAAAACAAAUGUGAAUCAUCCAGUGACCAUCUACACCUGUCGAUGCUUUCAGGACCCCAACUAUGAGGAACGAGACCUGUGCGAAGACAGACCCAUUUUUAUCGAACACUUUCGGGACAUGCGCGGCGGCAUAAUUAGAACGGAGGCUGACCGACAGGUCCCCCGAUCCAUGGCGUACUGGGAUGCGAAGAGCGGUGAGGAGAAAAUGAUUGGGUACGUGGCCAAUUUGAUGAACAACUACGCACAGAAGGUGAAUGCCACCUUGGACUUUCAUCACUUGACGAGGGAUAGAGAGAAGCAGGCGCUCUAUACGGACAUAACCCGGUGGGUGAAGGAGGAUCGUAUAGACAUUGGCACCACCAUGUCUACAUCGCUGCAGGAAUCGGACUUGGACGACCUGAGCUAUCCCUAUUUGCUGACAUCGUACUGUCUGAUGGUACCGAUACCGGCCAGGCUGCCCUACAACCAGAUAUACGCAGUUAUAGUGGAUCCGCUGGUGCUGUGCAUCAUCUUCGUGCUCUUCUAUCUGCUCUCGGCGCUGCUGAUCUACAGCCAGCGAAUGUCCUGGCAAGGCCUGACUCUGGCCAAUGUCCUGCUCAACGAUAAGAGCCUGCGCGGCCUCUUGGGCCAGUCGUUUCCGUUUCCGCGAGACCCAUCAAGGAACCUGAAGCUCGUCUUCUUCAUCCUGUGCUUCGCCAGUCUGAUGAUCACCACAAUGUACGAGUCCUAUCUUCAGUCUUACCUGACGUUCCCUCCGCCCGAGCCAUCCAUCCGCACCUUCCAGGACGUGGGCAACUCCCGCCACAAGCUCGCCAUUAGUAGGCUGGAGCUGAACGUCCUCAUCGCCAAAAACAACUCUCACAUUGGCCAGAUACGCAGGGAUCGCAUUUGGGUCGUCGAAGAUCCCAAUGAGUUCGUGCGUCUGCGCAAUUCCCUCAAUGACAGCUACAUCUAUACGGUGACCUACGAUCGCUGGAGCUGCUACCAGGAGCGCCAGAGGACCCUCUCGCAGCCCAUUUUCUACUACUCACUGGAUCUCUGCUUCAAUCGUUUUCUGUACUUCCAAUUCCCGGUGCGCCGCCACCUGCCCUACCGGCACCUCUUCGAGGAGCACAUGCAGCGGCAGCAGGAGUUCGGUCUGGUGCAGUUCUGGAAGAGCCAGAGCUUCCUCGACAUGGUGAGGCUGGGUCUGAAGCCCAUGAGCGCCUCCAGCCAGCCGCCACACAAUGAACCGGCCAUUGUGGUGGAUGACAUCUCCUGGAUACUGAAGCUCUUUGUAGCAGCCAUGGGAGUAAGCUGCUGCUGCUUCAUCCUCGAGCUCUGUGUUUGGGGGGUGAGAAGGAGAAUGCCGCCCUCAGCCGCUUAUCUAGCGACCAUCUAAAGCGUUUAUUUGCUGGCCCAUUCUGACUAAUACAUUUUUAAUCAAACAGAUAAUUGCCCAUGCAC